AUGUCCCUCAUUGCCAGCUUCAUGUCCACCAAUACGUUGUUGGGCGUGCCGGCAGAGGUGUUUCAAAUUGGGACGCAGUUUGCCCUGCAGACGAUCUCCAUUUGCCUGGUCAUAGUGGUCACGGCGGAGGUCUUCAUGCCUGUCUACUUCAACCUGGGCAUUACCAGUGUGAAUGAGUACCUUCAACGACGUUUCAACUCGGAUCGGGUGAAGACGGCUGGAGCCGUUGGCUUCCUCCUCGCCACAAUGCCCUACAUGGCCGUGGUUCUCUACGGGCCGGCCAUUGCGCUGAGCAGCGUCAUUCGCAUCUCCAUUCCAAUGUCCAUUCUGGUGGUCGGCGUCAUUGUCACCUUCUACACUUCCAUU